AUGGUCGAGGCGGCUUUUACCGCUGCUGCCGCCGUUAGCAGCGAAUCCGCACUUGACGCCUCCUCCGCCGCUAAAUCCGCCGCUGAAUCCGCCUUCGAAACCGUUGCUGAAGCCGCCGCCGCUUGUAAGACCCCCUUACUCUCCUCGGGAACGUUGGCGACGCGGAGGAAACUCAAAUGCGGCUCGCUGCGCCUCAACGUGUCCCUUGAAGUUGACGAUUAUGACGGCAAACUGGACGGCGCCGAUGAUUUGGCCGGCCGCCGCGGCAUUCCCGGCGCCGCUGACGAGCACUUCUCCUUUGAGACGGUGUCGCAGGCGAUGGCGGCGGCUGUGACGACCGCGACGUCGCCCACGAUCGCAUGGUCGUUGUGUGGGCGACAGUUCCGCAAGUCGUCCUCCGCGUCCUCCGCUCCCCUCUCCGUGGCCGACGGAAGCGCCACUCCUGCGAACGACGCCGCGUCACGACAUGCAGAAUUCUCGGCAGCAGCAGCGGCAUUGCUGGCAGCGGCGGCGUUUCCGCGAGCCGCGUCUGCUGGCGCUGCGUUUACCAAGCCCCCGCGAAGCCCGCUGGCUUCCCUCACGAUGAUCUCCCCUUCCUCCCCUCCGCUCGGCGCUCAGCAGCUCUCGCCGGACGCGGCUCGUCACGCGGACGAUCCACGUGGCACCACCACCUCGCACAAGCCCCGGCGCCGGAGUAAACAGAAUCGUCAUGAUCACCCGGCGGCAGAGCCAGCUGCGCGGCGGCAGGCCGCUGCGCCACAGGCAGCUGCGCGGCAGCUCGCCGAGCUGGCGCGCGGGGGGCUGCUCUCCCCAGCUGGGUUCCACUGCUCCCUCCACUCCAACGGGCCUGCUAACCACUCCUUCUAUGAGCAGCAGCAGCAGCAGCAGCAGCAGCAGCAGCAGCGCUGCAGGAAGCCGCACGACCAGGGCCCUUGUUCCUAG